AUGAGCUGCAGUCAAGAGUUAUUUUCUACAUUUGGGGGCGGGCUAUCAACCCGGCAUCAGACAGGUGUUCAUGAAGAUGAUCAGGAACAUUUUCAAGACAUUAAUGACAUUGAGAACAAGUGCCGAAGGAUUGGAGUAGCGGGGAUUGAAUUGGCUGAUUUAAGAGACUCUACUUUCAACCAUGUUUGCCAUUUUACUGAUAGUGAAAUAACUGUUGGCAGUGCCAUUCAAAAUACACAUAUAUUGAAUGACAAGGGGAUUUGUAAAUAUGAACCUUUGGAAAACAAUCUAGGAUCAGAUCUUGCAUUUUCUGAUAGUUUUACCGAUUCUAUCACAUUUCCCGUUUCUUCUUUUCAACUUGGGCCUUCCGCCUCACGAUUAAACUAUGUUACAAUCGAGCAGUCGUCUAGUUGUUCAAAUGGCGAUUCUCUAGUUCCUGAUCUAUGUGCAGUUGAAGAAGAGAAACAAUCAACGGAAAAUAAGCUGAAUCCGUCAAACUCUAACUGUGCCUUAUCUUCUAAUAAUAGCAAUCAAAUUUGUAAGAGCGAGACGAUUACUUCAGGACUACUGAAAUCCACAACAUCAUCAACGUCAGCAGAGACAAAGAACACUGACUUCGCCCAAAAUUUAAAUGCAAGAACAGUUAAACCUAUUUAUGUAAAUACCUUGAUAAAAUCGUUUAGUGGGAGAAAUGGUCGGAGGGCUCCUGUUAGAAGGCAGUUUUCUGAAACAGCAGGUAUGGAUUUUGGCACAAAUUUAUUUAUGCUCACAUUUUCGUGGCAUUUACUUGAUGAAAACCUUAAAAACUCUCUAAAUUUCUGGAUAUUAUUGGUAUUCAGUUUUACUGUUUUCCCCGUUAUCUUUGAGCAACAACACAUUUUUUGA